UCCCGCCUUCUCCCGCCUUUCAUCAUCGGUCAAUGCAGACGUCCACUAAAGACGUUUUGGUGAACCGAUUACUUGAAAAAUUCAAUCAAUCUAACCCAACUUUUGAGUUAUUCGCCAAUGAAUUCGAAAAUGGGGAUCGAAAGCUACGUUGUGGUGCAUAACGUAGCCAAAAUGUACACCGUUGGUACCUUGGCCUGAAGUGCCAUCGCCUUCGGUGCAUCGGAGCUCAUCCUCGUCGGCUGUUGGGAUUUUAACGCCUUUGGUAACCAUGAUUCCACUUCUCACCGCCGGCUCCGCCAUUUUCACUCCCUUCUCGACGCCCAAAGUUUUCUCGAGGAGGAGGAUUGAGAUAUAUGUGCCGUGGAGAUCCUUGACAACGCCUGUGGCUGUCAAAAAUCGCUUUUCUUCUUGGCAACGAGGACCAGGGCUGCAAGGGCUAAUGUUAGUGAAUGUUCAGAACGUCCUUGUUUUCUCGAUAUCAGUAAUUACGGAUCUCUCCUCUCUCUGGUAGGCUUUCUGCUGAAGAGCGUGCAAUCUGUGACUUCUUCAUUUACUUCCCACACUAGGGUGUUGGCACUGCUUUGAAUGUAGCUGUAGCUGCUUCCUUUGUCCUACAUUUUGGUGGUAAUUCAUUCAGACCUGUUGCAAUUUUACCUCCCCUUUUGAGUUUCUUUAGCUUACAUGCCUAAUAUAUAUCACCUAAAGAAUUACCAGCCUCUCUUGAUAUUUGCUCAUUCAUACUUUUGGUUUUUGACCAUGCAAAACCGUGAGCGAGCUCUGUAAAAUUAAGCAUUCAAUGAAAGGAAUGUAGUUUGAAAUACAUAUACAUCUUAAAGGGUAAAUUAAACUCUUGGUCUGACGUUCCAAAAUUGAAUAAUCAAGUCUUCAACCUUGGGAAAAUGCUCGAUUUUGAUUGUUCAAUUUUGAAACUUAGGGACUAAUUUGACAUCAUCUCAAACUUGAUAGACCAAAAGUAUAAUUUAGCGUAUCUAUCUUAAAAGUACGUAAGGAAUGGCGUUAUCUGAUCGAAUUAUUUUUACUCGUUUGUUUGAUUCCCAAUUCAAUUAUUCAUUGAAUUUUCCUAGAAAGUUUGUGGAAUUAUAUUAGUUAAUCAACUAUAUGGUUGAAUUGCAAAAAAAACACAUGCCCACAUGGGAUAUGGUUGAUUGAGGAAAUGUAGGGUUGAUAGUGCUGUCUUUUUGUCAAAAAAAAAAAAAAAAAAAAACCAUGUACAUGUAACAUGAUAUGCUAGGAACAUCGAAAUAUCUUUUUCGCAGUGUUUGUUUACUUCUCUCUCUUCUGACCACCGACCCCCUUUCAACCCAGAUACGUCUAACUCCUCCUUUUUCUUUUGUUCAUUUUUAUUUUUUACUUCCAUUACAUGAGGGGGACCCAGGACAACCACCUGGAGAAAGUUCAAGAUUUGAUCAACUCUGCUCAUUGUCGCCAGAAAUCAAAGCAACCAUUUUUUUUUUCUAUAAAGAUGGUGAAAGGAGAGAUUAAAUUCAACUCAGAAGUGAUGAAACAUUUCAAAGUUUCUGUUGCACCUGCCAAGGAAAACUUCACCACAGCUAGACUCAAACUGAUAAGUUGGGCUGUUGGUGGCAUCUCCAUUGAUUCCCACAUGACUUGCUGUUGUCUCAAAUAUCAAAGGGGAAACUUAGCCAAUCCCCAGAUUAUUUAAUGAAGUUUUGAAGUCGUUAUUGCCAUAGAAAGAAUUGAGAGGUCCUUCAUUUAGCUGAAAUGUUGAGGAUGCUGAGGAGUAAACUCCGGCGCCUCUACUCAAGGUUAUGGUGGCUGAUAUGGAAGCACCCGAAGCGCAGAGUUAUCAUCAAAAGAUUUGGGAAGAUGAAUGUAAAAGGUCGACAAAAAGGCAAUAAAAAUAAAGCCAGAGUCUAUACAAAGAGCCAGGUGCCUGGUUCUGUCAUUGAAAGGCCAUUUCGAGUUGCUACAUUCAAUGUUGCCAUGUUCUCUCUUGCUCCUGCUGUUCCCAUUGCAGAGAAACCAACAUCAUUCGGGUUCGGUAGAAGCCCUGUGAGUCAUUGCCCAAAGAGUAUACUAAAGCAAUCUCCAUUGCGUACUGCAUUAAGCAAGCCAAAAGUUUCCAUUAAUCUUCCUGACAAUGAGAUUUCGUUAGCAAUCAACAAGUUGCCAGGCUUAUCGAAAACGACAGACGAAAGGUACUUCAAAAGCCAAGUCCCAGUAAGGUCUCCUGUGUGCUUUCCUUUCUCCAUAUCUAAUUGGCACUGUGAAGAUCACUUGGCAAGUGGUAGAACCAUCCUAGAGGUUCUUAAAGAGGCAGGUGCUGAUAUAUUGGCUUUACAAGAUGUGAAGGCUGAGGAAUCAAAAGGCAUGAAGCCUUUAUCUGAUUUAGCAGCUGCUUUAGGGAUGCAUUAUGUAUUUGCUGAGAGCUGGGCUCCUGAGUAUGGAAAUGCUGUUUUGUCCAAAUGGCCUAUAAAAAGAUGGAAUGUUCAGAAGAUUGCUGAUGAUGAUGAUUUCAGAAACUUGCUAAAGGUUGCCAUCGACGUGCCCGGGACAGGAGAAGUUAACAUCUACUGCACUCAACUUGACCAUCUAGAUGAGAAUUGGAGGAUGAGGCAGAUUAAUGCCAUAGCAAAAUCAGUUGAUUCUCCACACUUCUUGGUGGGUGGACUCAAUUCUUUGGAGAGAUCGGAUUACUCACCCGAACGAUGGACCGACAUCGUCGAGUACUACGAGAAGGUCGGGAAGCCGACUCCAAAGGUGGAAGUGAUGAAGUUUUUGAAGGGAAAAGGGUACAUAGAUUCAAAAGACUAUGCAGGAGACUGUGUGCCAGUGGUGAUCAUGGCCAAAGGUCAAAAUGUGCAGGGAACCUGCAAAUAUGGCACGAGAGUUGACUAUAUCUUAGCUUCACAGGAUUCAAAAUUUAAAUUCGUCCCGGGUUCAUACUCGGUCGUUUCAUCGAAAGGUACUUCCGACCACCACAUUGUCAAGGCAGAGUUUGUAGGAAUGGGACAUAAAGGUAGCAGAGGCCAGAAGGAUUUAAAGCAAAGGAUUGCAAGGUUGACUCAAACAUGUUCUUCAAUAGGUAUGUCAUUGAUGCAUACUUAGAUACUUUUUUGCUAGUAUACAAAAGUUUAUCAGUUCUUACUAUUUUGAAAAGAAAAAAAACCCGAACUUCGUAAACCUAUUUUUAUUGAAAUUAACGAGUUUAUGAAGACUCUUAUAUUAUUCUUGGUA